AUAAACCAUUGUUUAAAAGACUUAUCAAUUAUUAUUCUUAUAGAUGGAACCGAUAGACGUAUUAAAGUGGAUAACCCGGUGGUGGAGAUGGAUGGUGACGAGAUGACCAGGGUUAUCUGGGAAAAGAUCAAGGAGAAACUAAUCUUCCCAUAUCUGGAUCUGGAAUGUCUUUAUUAUGACUUGGGUUUACCGCAUAGGGAUCAGACCGAAGAUCAGGUGACAUACGAUGCCGCGCAGGCUAUCCUAAAGUACAACGUGGGCAUUAAGUGCGCCACCAUUACGCCCGAUGAGGCCCGCGUUAAG